CUGGGGGGGGGAAUUCACAAAGUAGCCCAACCUUUAAGAGCUGCACCAUUAACAAACAAUAAACACAUUAAUGCAUUAAUAAUUAUAAUCCAAUAAUAUAAUGUGCAUUGUUAUUAUGCAUAAUGAUGCAUACUUUCUAAGUAACCUAAUUAGAAUGUGUCAGACUAUAUUUUUUAUACAAAGUUGUGGUGGGAGUUAAUCCGCGUGGAAAAAGGCAGCAGAGUGAGACCUCUCUCAGUGGACAGAGAGAGGAGCCUCUGUGGUCGGUCAGCUGCUGUUAUUAUGAAACCGUAAAACACAGUUUGGAUGAAUGAAACCUUCUCUAACUAAACAGAUGUUUCCCAAAGUGAGAACCAGUUUGGUCUCAGGUCUGACCAGUUGUGUGAACCCCAAGGCGGCGACAGGAGCGACUGUCUGCAGGCGUCAACACCGGACCUCCGGCUCGGAGCCUGCGGAUGUAAAGGUGCUGUAUGACGGGCAUUGUCCAGUAUGUGUAACAGAGAUCCGGUUCCUCCGGUAUCUGCAGAGAAACCAGCCGGGAAAAGUAGAUUUUAUCGAUAUCUCCCUUCCAGGCUAUGAUGGAACAAAAUACAAGGACGUUAGCUACGAGAUGGCCAUGGAUGAAAUGCAUGUGAUUGACGAGAAAGACGAGGUUCACCGUGGGGUCCCAGCAUUCGCAGUCAUGUACAGUGCAGUGGGCCUUGGCUGGUUGGGUCGCUUCAUGAUGUGGCCACCUGUGAGACCAUUUAUGGACAAGUCCUAUGCCGUCUUUGCCAGGAAUCGCUUAAAAUGGACUGGACGUGGGGAGGAAUGCACAACAGGACGCUGUGAAAAGAAAACACGCUGACUCUUGUGCACAGAAACAGUAUAUUUAAUUGAUUGUGAAGAAGAACUGGAUAAGUACCACAAGUAUGUUAUAAGCUAAAUAGGAAUGUUGCCUGCUUGAUUAAAUGUGAAUGUGUGAAGCCA